CUGGUUCUAGCCGGGGCGACCCGGGCCAGAUAAUCGAAUCCCCUCAUUCUAUUGAAGUACUUCUGAAAUGUUGAAUGGCGUCCUUGUCAUUUCGAGCUAGCGACUACUAGUAGCUAAUUUACGCACUGCGAGGGGAUUUACAAGCAACACAUGUUACUUUUUUUCCAAUGCAUCAUAGUCCUUGGGGUGUGUGAGUGGAAGGGGGUGUGGCUGCCACAGUUCCAGAAGUGGGAGAGAGAAAGGCCUUUGAACCCCAGAGAGGCACAAUCUGCCGCAUAGACCGGUAUUAUCGUGAUGUCAGAGGAAGACGGAAAACCCGGCCAGGCUCUGGAGGCCAAGGCAGAGCCAGUGGCACCCAGUGGCCAGGGACCUGCGUCCUUGUCCACAACUGUGUCGGGGCCCCCUACCCCCACCGAGGAUGAGGAUGAGAGCGAAGACGAGUCUGAGAUCCUGGAGGAGAGCCCUUGCGGCCGCUGGCAGAAACGCAGAGAGGAGGUGAACCAGCGGAACGUCCCAGGGAUAGACGCUGCCUACCUGGCCAUGGACACGGAGGAGGGGGUGGAAGUGGUCUGGAACGAGGUCAUGUUCUCUGAGAGGAAAAACUUCAAGCUGCAGGAGGAGAAGGUGAAGUCUGUGUUUGACAACUUGAUUCAGCUGGAGCAUCUCAACAUUGUCAAGUUUCACAAGUACUGGGCUGACAUCAAUGACAUCAACCGUGCCAGGGUGAUUUUCAUCACAGAGUACAUGUCCUCAGGAAGUCUGAAGCAGUUUCUGAAGAAGACUAAGAAGAACCACAAGACCAUGAAUGAAAAGGCCUGGAAGAGAUGGUGCACCCAGAUCCUCUCAGCGCUCAGUUACCUCCACUCCUGUGAGCCGGCCAUCAUCCACGGGAACCUGACCUGUGACACAAUCUUCAUCCAGCACAAUGGACUCAUCAAGAUAGGAUCAGUGGCUCCAGACACCAUCAACAACCAUGUGAAGACUUGCAGAGAGGAACAGAAGAACCUGCACUUCUUUGCUCCUGAAUAUGGAGCUGUUGCAGAUGUCACUACUGCAGUGGAUAUCUAUUCCUUUGGGAUGUGUGCCCUGGAGAUGGCAGUGUUGGAGAUCCAGGGGAAUGGAGAAUCUUCCUACGUCUCUCAGGAGGCCAUCAACAAUGCCAUACAGUCACUGGAAGACCCACUACAGAGGGAGUUUAUUCAGAAGUGUCUGGAGGCUGACAUGUUUAAGAGGCCUACAGCCAGAGAGCUGCUGUUCCACCAGGCUCUGUUUGAGGUGCCCCUGUUGAAGCUGCUAGCUGCACACUGCAUCGUCAGCCACCAGCAUAUGAUCCCUGAGAAUGCCUUAGAGGAGAUCACGAAGAACAUGGACCCCAACCUCAUCAUCGCUGAGAUAAAGGAGGGCGUGCAGCUCAAGCUGUCUCAGUUUCCUGCCCUGGAGCUGGAUAAGUUCCUGGAGGAUGUGAGGAACGGUAUCUACCCCCUGACAGCGUUCGGUCUGCCCUCUCGCCAGCAGCCCCAGCAAUCGCCUGUCAAAUCACCCAUUGUCACCCCAUCUGUAAAAUCUCCUACCCCAGAACCUUCGGAACUGGAGACACGCAAAGUUGUUCAGAUGCAGUGUAAUAUUGAGCCAUUGGAGGAGGGUGCAAAACAUCAUCUGACACUACUGUUGAAGCUGGAGGACAAACUGAACAGACACUUAAGCUGUGACUUGUUACCCAAUGAGAAUGUAAAGGAACUGGCUGUUGAGCUGGUCCAACUGGGCUUUAUCAGCGAGGUGGACCAAAGCAGGAUGGCCACUGUACUAGAAGAGGCCUUCACCAAGUUCUUCAACAGGAACGAUUCCCUCAACCCUGUUACUGUGUCCUCAUAACAGGAUCACCACGGACCCCAACUCCAGUACCUCUAUAUAUGCCUACAGGUACCUCCGUAGGUGGUUUGAAAUCGGAUACAAAUCUAAUUUCUAGCCGUGCGACUUGUCUGAACAGUCAAAUCUGAUUUAUUUUCCCUCAAAUAGUUUUUACUGUUAUUUGGCUUAUGUUGCUUGAUAGCUUCUCUGUUUGACAAGAACAUGUGGUAGCUACCUGCUUUUGUUAAUUGUUUACAAACGAUUGGGUGUGCUAGAGAGCUAAACUGCUAGUUGAUUGAUUGCUGUGGCUAGCCAAAAUAGCACUCGUUUUGAAAGUUUGGUCAGCUCAUCCUUUUGAGGUUUUAAAGGUGUUUCUUAAUUAACUCUGAUUUUGAACAUUUAAAGCAACCGGGAAAUGUCUAUGCCAGGCAUUGUUACCUUUGCUAACUACAUAAGUGAUAGGGAGCACCGCCACCAAUCAGCUUACACCACACCCCUGUCGUUAAUGACAACUAGUGUAGCCCUGUCAUCAAUGACUGCUGUCUGAACACCCAUUCAUCUGAUUUGGUCAGACGGGAGAAAUACUCCAGAUAUAGCAGACCCUAGCCCCCCGACACAAACUAUUGCAGCAUAAAUACUGGAGGCUGAGACAGGAGGGGCCGGGAGACACUGGCCCCAUCCAACGAUACCCCCGGACGGGGCCAAACAGGCAGGAUAUAACCCCACCCACUUUGCCAAAGCACAACCCCCAACUUACUAUCCCGAGACAAGGCCGAGUAAAGCCCAUGAAGAUCUCCCCCUCGGCACGAACCCAGACAGGAAGGUCACGUCAGUGACUCAAGUGACGCACCCCUUCUAGGGAUGGCAUGGAAGAGCACCAGUGACUCAGCCCCUGUAAUAGGGUUGGAGGCAGAGAAUCCCAGUGGAAAGGGGGGAACUGGCCAGGCAGAGACCGCAUGGGCGGUUCGUUGUGCCUUUCCGUUCACCUUCACACUCCUGGGCCAGACUACACUCAAUCAUAGGACCUACUGAAGAAAUGACUCUUCAAUUAAGACUUAAAGGUUGAGACCGAGUCUCUCACAUGGGUAGGCAGACCAUUCCAUACAAGUGGAGCUCUAUAGGAGAAAGCCCUGCCUCCAGCUGUUUGCUUAGAAAUUCUAGGGACAGUAAGGAGGCUUGUGACCAUAGUGUAGGUAUGUACGGCAGGACCAAAUCGGAAAGAUGGGAAGGAGCAAGCCCAUGUAAUGCUUCGUAGGUUAGUAGUAAAACCUUAAUCAUCCCUAGCCUUAACAGGAAGCCAGUGUAGAGAGGCUAGCACUGGAGUAAUAUGAUCACAUUUUUUGGUCAAGAUUCCAGCAGUCGUGUUUAGCACUAACUGAAGUUUAUUUAGUGCUUUAUCCGGGUAGCCGGAAAGUAGAGCAUUGCAGUCGUAUAACCUAGAAGUGACAAAAGCAUUGAUCAAUGAGAAUGAAUGUGAAUUUGGAUGGGUCGCCUAAAAAGUAGCAUUUGCGGCUUUAAGGUCUGCAGUGUGAAUAAGGCUUAAAUCUAUGGGGGACCAUAUAGCCUUGCAGGGCUGCCUGAGUCAGUCCCCCUCUGUUUACUCUUCUCUUUAUAGUAGCAACUUGUUUUGGGAAGGAAGCCAACAGAUAUCACAUGUCAGUAUUACUUGUUUGUGCUUUAGAAGUGCAUUUAAUGUCUUUGCCAUUAGCCUUUUUUGUGGCUGUAUACAAGCACACCUGCUCUCUGCCUCUGUGUGGUCACUACGGCUAUGCAUGAAUGUCUGCGGUGAACUUUGCUCUCUUUCUGAAUGCUAUAAGUGAGCCUUGUAUACAUGUAUGAGUGGGGUAGGGGGAGUCUAGAGUAUUAAUGUUACAAAUGUGUCAUAUCUUCACUUUUUUAACAAACUGAAAUGUUUACUGUGGUCUUAACUGAUGGAGCCACACCCCCAUGGAGUCUGAGCCAAUAGUCUGGGAGGGGUGGGAUUUACUGCCUAUCAAUCAAAGCAGAUUUACAGGAGAUGUCCAAUGGCUGGAGCUGAAGUUAAGGUGGCUGAUCGGUGAACACCGUAUUCAUGCCUCUGCUUGGCUAACUCAACUUUAUAUAGUCUGUUAAAAAUAUAUAUUUUUAACUUAUACUGUACUUAUUCUGGAUAAUUGAAUGGUUUGCUUUGAAUAUUCUGGCUGUCAAGUUUUUUUUAUUUAAAAAAAAAAAAAAUUGUGAACAGGUAAUGAUUUACUUUACUGUACAACCCAAAGAGGAGUUGAUGUCCAAAUAUGAAAUGAGUAUAUGAGUGGACAAACUGUUAAUCUAGUGGCCUGGCUCUAACUUGUACUGCUUCAACUAAGCUGUUUAUGUCUUGGCAACGCUAGUGCUGUUGAGUGCAGAAAUUGUUAGGUGAUCAGGUUCAGUAGAGCACAACGUUGUGGAAUUUUGACAAAGUAUUCAGACCCCUCAACUUUUUCCACAUUUUGUUACCUUACAGCCUUAUUCUAAAAUUCAUUAGGUGUGUUUUUUCUUUCUUGUCAAUCUACACACGAUACCCCAUAAUGACGAAGCAAAAAGGUUUAGACAUUAUUGCAAUUUUUUUUAAAGUCACAUUUACAUAAGUAUUCAGAUCCUUUACUCAGUACUUUGUUGAAGCACCUUUGGCAGUGAUUACAGCCUCGAGUCUUCUUGGGUAUGACACUACAAGCUUGGCACACCUUUAGUUGGGGAGUUUCUCCCAUUCUUCAGAACCUCUCAAGCUCUGUCAGGUUGGAUAGGGAGCGUUCCUGCACAGCUAUUUUCAGGUCUCUCCAGAGAUGUUUGAUCGGGUUCAAGUCCGGGCUCUGCCUGGGCCACGCAAGGACAUUCAGAGACUUGUCCCGAAGCCACUCCUGUGUUGUCUUGGCUGUGUGCUUAGGGUCGUUGUUCUGUUGGAAGGUGAACCGUUGCCCCAGUUGGAGUUCCUGAGCGCUCUGGAUCAGGUUUUCACCAAGAAUCUGUUCUUUGCGCUGUCUUUUGCCUCGAUCCUGACUAGUCUCCUAGUCCCUUCCUCUGAAAAACAUCCCCACAGCAUGGUGCCAGGUUUCUUCCAGACCUGAUGCUUUGCAUUCAGGCCAAAGAGUUCAAUCUUGGUUUCACCAGACCAGAGAAUCUUGUUUCUCAUGGUCUGAGUCCUUUAGGUGACUUUUUUUGCGAACUCCAAGUGACCUGUCGUGUGCCUUUUACUGAGGAGUGGCUUCUGUCUGGCCAAUACCACAAAGGCCUGAUUGGUGGAGUGCUGCAGAGAUGGGAGAACCUUCCAGAAGGACAACCAUCUCCACAGAGGAGCUCUGUCAGAGUGACCACUGGUUCUUGGUCACCUCCCUGACCAAUGCCCUGAUUGCUCAGUUUGUCUGGGCAGCCAACUCUAGGAAGAGUCUUGGUGGUUCUAAACUUCCAUUUAAGAAUGAUGCAGGUCCCUGUUUUCUUGGACCUUCAAUGCUGCGGAAUGGUUUUGGUACCCUUCCCCAGAUCUGUGCCUCGACACAAUCCUGUCUCGGAGCUCUACGGACAAUUCCUUCGACCUCUGCUCUGACAUGCACUGUCAACUGUGGGACCUUAUAGGCAGGUGUGUGUCUUUCCAAAUCAUGUCCAAUCAAUUGAAUUUAUCACAGGUGGACUCCAAUCGAGGUGUAACAACAUCACAAGGAUGAUCAAUGGAAACAGGAUGCACCUGAGUUCAAUUUCAAGUCUUUUUAUUUAUUUUAUUUUCACCUUUAUUUAACCAGGUAGGCAAGUUGAGAACAAGUUCUCAAUUACAAUUGCGACCUGGCCAAGAUAAAGCAAAGCGGUUCGACACAUACAACGACACAGAGUUACACAUGGAGUAAAACAAACAGUCAAUAAAUAAUACAGUAUAAACAAGUCUAUAUAUGAUGUGAGCAAAUGAGGUGAGAUAAGGGAGGUAAAGGCAAAAAAAGGCCAUGGUGGCAAAGUAAAUACAAUAUAGCAAGUAAAACACUGGAAUGGUAGAUUUGCAGUGGAAAAAUGAAAUGGUAGAAAUAAAAAUAAUGGGGUGUAAAAUAUCAAUACAGUAGGGGGAGAGGUAGUUGUUUGGGCUAAAUUAUAGGUGGGCUAUGUACAAGUGCAGUAAUCUGUGAGCUGCUCUGACAGUUGGUGCUUAAAGCUAGUGAGGGAGAUAAGUGUUUUCAAUUUCAGAGAUUUUUGAAGUUCAUUCCAGUCAUCGGCAUUAGAGAACUGGAAGGAGAGGCGGCCAAAGAAAGAAUUGGUUUUGGGGGUGACUAGAGAGAGAGACCUGCUGGAGCGUGUGCUACAGGUGGGAGAUGCUAUGGUGACCAGCGAGCUGAGAUAAGGGGGGACUUUACCUAGCAGGGUCUUGUAGAUGACAUGGAGCCAGUGGGUUUGGCGACGCGUAUGAAGCGAGGGCCAGCCAACGAGAGCGUACAGGUUGCAAUGGUGGGUAGUAUAUGGGGCUUUGGUGACGACAAAACGGAUUGCACUGUGAUAGACUGCAUCCGAUUUGUUGAGUAGGGUAUUGGAGGCUAUUUUGAGAGUCUAUUUGGAGUUUCAUGAUAAAGGUUCUGAAUACUUAUGUUAAGGUUUUUUUGUUUUUAAUACAUUUUCAAAAGAAUCACAUGUUUUCCCUUUGUCAUUGUGUGUGGCUUGCUGAGGAAACCUUUGUAUUUAAUCCAUUUUAGAAAGCUAUAACAUAACAAUGUGGAAAAAAUCAAGGGUUCUGAGUACUUUCUGAUGGCACUGUGUAGAACUGUCACACCUCUUAUGAAUCCUGUUAGCCGUCUUCAUUGCUUUUCUAUCUGCAGUGUUCAGUACGUUGCACCCUCCUAAACGCAACCCAAGUUACAGAAUGAUGCACUUACCGUAAGUGUACUCAACAGCCUCUUUCCCCAAAGCUGGAUUAUUUGCUGGAAGAACGACAACCGCUAUAGUUUGACUGGUUAGCUGGAUCACAUGUCUGGUACGCAGAAAUGUUUCUGUCCACUAAACAAUCUGUCUGGAAAAACUGCAACAGCAAAGCCCUCAACUAGAUCCAACCUCAAUCAUAACAUUUGUUUUACAGUUACUGUAUUCACAAUCUGCAUUUUUCUUUAUACUGUAUCUUUUACUUUGGAGCGCUUGGGCAGCGCGUUUAGUGAUUGAGAAAUAAGUGGGUUACUGAGUGGGUUUGUGGUAGUAGUGUGCGUGCGUAUGUGUGCCUUCUGAGAGCCUUUGCAAUGUAUGAUUCGUUCAUGUUCCUUAUAUUAAAUUGUUUGGUAUUCUGUAUGAUUAAAUAUGUAGCCAUCA